AUGGCCUCAUCAAACGGUGUCCUCGAGAAAGGCUACUCGAGCGGAUCCAUCUCUCCUGCGGCCUCCGAUGUUCAGGUUGAGCAACCAUCAUUGCAAGACACAUUUCCCGAGGGAGGGCUUCACGCUUGGCUAACGGUCGCCGGCGCCUCUGCAUGUCUCUUCGUGUCAUUUGGUUGGGUGAACUGUGUUGGGAUAUUCCAAGACUACUACCAAUCGCAUCAACUUAGGGAUUAUAGCCCUUCAGAAAUUGCUUGGAUUCCCUCUUUGCAAGUAUUCUUCAUGAUAUUUGGCGGUCUAUUUGUUGGGAAAAUAUACGACGACUAUGGACAUGCUCCCCUCUUACUAGCAGGGAGCUUUUUCCACGUAUUCGGCCUGAUGAUGACUAGUCUAGCAAAAACAUACUACCAGAUUCUGCUCAGUCAGGCUGUCUGUUCUGCAAUCGGAGCUUCAAUGGUUUUUUAUCCUGCAUUUACAGCGGUCUCAACAUGGUUCCUCGCGAAAAGAGGAGCAGCCAUAGGACUGGCGGUUGCCGGAUCUUCACUUGGUGGUGUUAUAUUCCCGAUCAUACUGAUUCAUCUCAUUCCGGACGUUGGAUUUGCGUGGGCCAUGCGCAUCUGCGCAUUUUUAAUCCUGGGUCUACUGAUAUUCGCUAACUUGGCUGUACGGUCAAGAACGCCACCAACAAAGCGCGCAUUCGAGAUCAUGGCCUUGGUGCGACCUUUCAAGGAACUUACCUUUGUGCUGUUGACUAUUUCGAUAUUCUUUUUCUUUUGGGGGAUGUUUGUUCCAGUCACCUUUAUUAUCGAACAUGCUCGUACGCAUGGAAUGUCUUCUCAUCUUGCCAACUAUCUUGUUCCCAUUCUUAAUGGUGCAAGUAUCUUCGGCCGGACCAUCCCCAAUGCCGUUGCAGACAAAGUGGGCCAUUUCAAUGUGAUGAUCGUCAUGAGCGCUUUCACUACGGCAUUGAUCUUAGGUCUAUGGCUUCCUUCUACCGGCAAUGCUGCUAUCAUUACAUUUGCUGCACUGUUUGGAGUGGGUUCAGGAGCUGGGAUCAGUCUCACGCCUGCCCUGUGUGCAAAGAUAUCCCCUUUGUCGCAGAUAGGCACUCGCACCGGUGCAGCGUACUCGAUCGCCGCUUUCGCGGCUUUGACUGGAUCGCCAAUCGGUGGCAAAAUUGUGACAGACGAAGAAGGCACCUUCAAAUAUACCAUAGUUUUUGGCGGGGUUUGUUGUGCGAUGGGGACAAUCUUUUUUGUGGCAACGCGACUUUCAUUGGGAAUGAAGCCCCUCAAGAUGUGA